AUGGCGCACGGUGCCUCGUGCAAGUGCUCCCCAUGUGGACGCCGAGGAGCAGCCCAGGCGCGCGCCUGGUCCAUCCGAAUCCUGACACACAUGGUUAAGCCAGGCCGCCUGGGAAAGGCUGCCCGCGAGAAGGUCGGCCUGGAGCGGAAGAAGUGCCGCGGCAAAGCGAAGUGGGAGGACAAAGACGCUCAGCAUGCGCUUGCCGACGAGGUGAUCGAGGAGGAGACCACCCUCGGCAACAUCGUCGGUUGCGUUCUCUGCUUCGCAAUCCAUCACCUCCUCAAUGAUUGCGGAAGCAGAGCGCAAGGGGGAGCUUGCCCUGGAGGAAGCCGAGAUGGCUGCGGCAUUGGCCGAGAGCUACGAAAUGGAGCUAGAGACGAUCCUGAAAGAGCUGGGGGUCUGAGAGGCUGA